UCAGUUUCUGUCUGUAGGCUCUGUUAUGUUACCUCCCUAGCUUAAGUUCCAAAGAACCGAUCUUUCAUGUUCCUUUCCCUUUUUUUUGCCUUUUAUAUUGACGAAGCUACAUGUUUAUUUUAUGCUCGUCUGAUCACCUUCAUCGAAAUGUUAGUUCAAAUCUCUGGAGGAACUCCAAUUAAGAUGCUUUUAUUGGAGGAAUGUAGAUCAAAGAAACCAAGUGUUGUGGCGAGACUCAUGGGCCUUGAUUCUAUACCAGCCAGAGGGAAAGUUAGAGACGACGAUAACUAUUUAAUGAAUGGUUUGAAAGCAGCAUUUCAACAAUUACAACAACAGCAGCAGGCAAGUGAAGUAGAACAGCAGUUAAAGAAUGCUCGGGUUCUGAACUCGAACACAGAUUUGUUUCUGGAAUUUCUUGAACAACCAAACUCACUGUUCAGUAAACAUCUCUUCCAGCCACAGACAACUCGUAUAACUGUGCUGAAACCUUCGAUUACCAAAAGACCGACGAGUAUAGUUGUUUUGAAGCCUACUGGAGAUCUGGCUAGUGAUCAAUUGAUAACUUGUAGAGAUAUUAAUAAUGGCUACAUUGCUGAUGAUGAGGUUGGCAGUGCAAGUGACUCGGAGUUAGCAACUUCAACUUCAAUUAGUCGAGAAGCGAAGAGAAAGCUUUCGGAGAGGCUGGCUUUCGGAUCAUCCGACAUCAAUUUUCUAGAGCGACGGUAUUUAAGGGCAUCCGGGAGCACCUUAGGAGAGCUGCUUGGUGUUUGUGAGGGAAGCAACGAGGAGCAUAGGAAGUUGUCGUUGAAAGAUAAGGUGUCGAGUUUCUUCUUCUCUAGAAGGAAAAGGACAAAUGCUUAUUCGUUUCCAAUGUUUCCUGAGGAGGGUGAUCACCAGGACAAGUGCAGCUCUGUCACCAUUGCUGGACGUCCAGAAUCCGUGUCUAGGUCUCGGCCUAUCGAAUCGGUUGCUCGGUCGGCGGCGGCAACGAAAGGGUCAUUCGGAAGGAGUCUGCGUGCGGCGGCAUUGGGGUGGUGGAGAGCGAGGUGA